CCUCCCCAGAUGUGCCUUUCGAUUCAUCUUCGCAGCUGUGGGGGCCUUGGGAGGCGUUUACGCCGUCGCCACCUCCUCUCUGGGCCUUGUUCACGGGCCCAUGUGUCAGUACCCCCCUGGCCACGGGACGCUGGAGUGGGGCCGCCCCUUUGAGAGCAGCCUGGAGGACUUCAGCGAGAAAAACUACCUCUUUGACACGAGCUUGUGGGACGUCUGCCGGGACCCCCCCGGCGUCACCCGCUUCAACGUCAUCCUCUUCUCCAUCAUCCUGGCCUCCGGCCUGGUGGAGUUCUGCCUCUGCACCCUGCAGAUCCUCAACGGGCUCUUCGGCUGCGUCUGCGGAACCUGCAACGAGGAAGAAAAGGAAACCUACCACUGAUCCCUCGCUGGCUUCCCGAACUCCCCCUCUGCCAUCCCGUGAUUUAUUUUUAGCUGAGAUUCCUGCAUAGCAGCGGGUUGGGCUGGAUGACCUCCGGGGGUCCCAACAUGACGCUUCUGUGAUUCUAUCACUGCAAUCCGGUGCUUCUGUGUCGAAGCGAGAGGAGCACCUUUGCCCUCCGUCUCUCUCUCUCUCUCUCUGCCUUCCGAAUCAGAGCAGCCACAAUAAAGCGUUUUCUUCCGCCUCCGA